GUGAGUGGUGAGGGGCGCAGCGCGUUUCGUUGUCAGGCAACGGACCCCACAAGUCGUCAGCGGUAUGAACACGCCGCAGAUACAUGCUGGAACUCGCUUCUCAAACGCCCAGCAUAGAGCUCAAGCCACUAGUACAGAGGAGUUCGAGGGCAAGAGAACGCUGCUGGAUGUAGUGUCUCCUGGAACGACUAACGAGCAAAAUCACCCAUUCCGCUCUCCGCCAACACUUCCCGUUCCCGUGGCCGUUGAGACAGACUUGACUUCCUGGUCACCGCCAACACCACUCAACAAGCUACAGGACAUUGCACAAUGCAGUCCGGAAUCACAGCGUCCGCGGAAUUGCACAAUGCCUUCACCAAGUUCACAUCAGACGACGCCCAGUUCUGUUUACCCAUAACGAUCACCUCCGAGUCCCUCACCCCUCUACCGUCGAUCGCUUUCUCGUCUUCGACCUUCUCAAAGGCACUGUCCAGUCUCGACAGCCUCCUCACCCCAACUAUCCCCCUGUACUUGUUGCUUCGGAAAGCGCCGUCUCAAAGAGAGCUAAUUGCAGUGACAUACAUACCCUCCCGAGCACCGGUCCGGCAGAAGACGCUGUUUGCAUCGACCCGAGCCACGCUCAUCCGCGAACUUGGGUCAGAGAAGUUCGCCGAGACAGUCUUUUUGACGGAAAGGGAAGAGAUCCUCGAUCCAGCGCAAUGGGAUGAGCGUGCGGGCACGAGCACGACCACUAGCACGGCAGGAUCCCAUGCGCAUACGGGGCUAUUGAGCACGGAAGAGCGGGAAUUACAAGCCGUCAAACGUGCCGAGGAAGAGGAACGACAUGGCACUCGGGGUAGAGACCUGAUGGGCCAGGGUGGUAGUGGUGCACAAUACGCAUCUGGUGGUGCGGGCGGCGCUGGUAAAGGAAUACAGAUGAAAGUUACGGAUGACGCGAAGAGUGCGAUUGCCGGUCUGGCCAGCGCGGGUGCAGGCACGGUAGUGCAAUUAGGAAUUGAGAUCAGUACGGAGACGUUGACGCUGUCGGACAGCAAGGCUGGUGUGAGUGCUGGGGCUGUUGUCGGGCUGAUACCUUCUGACCGGCCGAGUUAUACGUUUUACAGCGUGGAGAAUGGGGCGGUGUUUAUCUAUGUGUGUCCUGGGACGAGUAAGGUCAAGGAACGCAUGGUGUAUGCGAGCUCGAGAAGGGGGUUGUUGCAUGUUGCGGAAAUGGAGGGCGUGAAGGUGCUGAAACGGUUGGAGGCUGGCGGGCCGGAUGAGCUUGGUGGUGGACGGAUCGAGGAUGAGGUCAAGAGCCUGGCUGGUGAUGGGGGACUUGGUGCGGAAGGUGAUGGAGAUGCUGAAUCGGCGCCUGCGUCGGGCACGGCGACGCCGAGAGGCGCAUUCGCGAGACCGAAAAGGCCGGGACGGCGGUAGGCGAGACGAUAUCUCAGAGUGAGUGGUGGUGAGAUGAGUUAGUACCUAGGUGUUGCAUUGAGGUUCUACGGAAGGAGACUCGGCGCUGGAACUGAGCACGAUUAUCACGCAGAGCAUAGUG